AAACCGCUUUGUCUUUCUUCCGUCUAAACAGAAAGAACCAACUUUUCAGUCUUUCCCUUUUGAUUGUUUCGAAUAUUUUAUCAGAUUUCAAACAUAGAAAAGGAAAGAACUGAAAUUUUUAGGGUUUCGUCUCACGAGUGUGGAAGUAAAUCUAGUGCUGCUAAGAGGUGAAGUUGACCAUGUUCUCCUAAGAGAUCAGAGGUAACCUUCGAACCUCUCUCUCAAAAAUCCCUUUUUGGUCUUUCCCCACUGUACGUCCAUCCUCUCUGACUUACCAUCCCAAAAAUGAAAAGAGAUGCAUAAGAAAUUAGAAUCAAGAGGAAGUAAACAAAGAUUUGAGUUUAUCUUCUUUGACCCUUCAGCAAGCAGAAAGAUCGCUUGUUUCUUAAUUUUUCGAAUUUUUUCCCUUUAAAUGAUCCGGCUUCGUUCAUCCUUCAAACUACAGAAAGAAGGGUAUUUUUUGCUCUACCUAACCAAAUUUAUUCGGAUCAGUUCUAUAACGAGCCAAAAAUUGAAUCUUUAAGCCUCCCAUCUCUGAUGCCUUGUCUUCUCUCCCGAACCAAGAGAGGAGAUGAUUAGUCCUACUUGGUUCCUCUCCCAAAUCGUCAGCAGAAAUAGCUUCCAGUAUCCUCAACUCAAUGCUUUCAAGAAGGACUCCUUGCCGCUUUCCUCAAUCCAAUCGCCUCCAUCCCCUUCACUAACCUCGAGCACUACCAGAAUUAGCCCUGCGGUGCUCUUCAUCAUCGUAAUUCUUGCAGUUAUCUUCUUCGUCUCUGGACUCCUGCAUCUCCUAGUCAGAUUCCUCAUAAAAAAGGGACCUUCUGCUUCUCGCCGUUCCAACCGCAGCACAAACACAGCUAUCACCGGUGAUUCCGAUGCGCUGCAGAGGCAGCUUCAGCAGCUGUUUCACCUUCACGACUCUGGACUCGAUCAAGCAUUCAUCGAUGCGCUACCAGUUUUCCUGUACAAGGAGAUAGUUGGCGCAAAGGAGCCGUUUGAUUGCGCUGUCUGCCUUUGUGAGUUUUCUGAUGAUGAUAAGCUCAGGCUUCUCCCUAUUUGCGGCCAUGCAUUUCAUCUCAAUUGCAUUGACACAUGGCUUCUGUCAAAUUCUACUUGCCCUUUGUGCCGUGGAGCACUUUUCAUUCAGGGGCUUGCAAUUGAGAAUCCUAUGUUUGAUUUUGAUGACUUGAGGGAGGAUGAAGAAAAUCCAGAUGAAAAUCAUGGUGAAAAACCAGCAGAAUCGGAGGAGAUUGUUACAGAGAAGAGAGUUUUUCCCGUGAGACUUGGAAAAUUCAGGAGUGUGAGCAACGGGGUUGGUGGUGGUGAUGGAAACUGUGGCGCUAGAGUUGUUGAUGAGGGUGAUGAUGGGUCUGUGAGAAGAGAGGAAGGGGAGACCAGCAGCAGCAAUUUGGAUGCAAGACGGUGCUUUUCAAUGGGCUCUUAUCAGUAUGUGGUGCAGGAUGCAAAUCUUCAGGUGGCGUUGAGCAGCGGAGUGAGGAUUGGUGAGGGAAAAAGUUUGAGAGCUCCGGUGGGAUUGAUUGGUAAUUCUGCAGCAGAGGAUGGUGUUUCUGAGGGGAAGAAACUGCAUGCUGGGAGUAAAGGUGAGAGCUUUUCAGUAUCAAAGAUAUGGUUGUGGUCUAAUAAGAAAGAUUUCAAGUGGUGGAUUCAGGGAAGUUUAUUAGCAGUGUUGCAUUGCAUCAUUGUAUAUGUCUGCUCAAGGAGAACUAUUCCCUUAACACACAAGUCUUUUCUCCACUAUCUCCUUCUCAUGAUCCCGAGAAUGUUGCGUUGGAGUUUGUUGAAGGUUAAGUUUUAUUAUAACAUUGUCAUCUAGGUCAACCUAUUUUCUUUUUUUUUAUAUUUUGAAUUUGUAUUCCCAUCUUUUUAUUAACGAAUAGCCUGAGUUAUAUCAGUGUGAAACCUGCUAAUUGGCUAAACAUACCCUUCAUUUAUAUCAUUUAUCUUA